AUGAAGCUCCUUUUUGUCGCCUUCAUGGCUCUGCUCCCUUUGGCGCUGGCCGCUAAGUCACUCAAGUCCGUUAUCAUCACCUUCCCAAAGGGAACACCUUCAAGUGUCAUUACGAAUGCAAAGGAUUCAGUGGUAGCCUCGGGUGGCAUUAUCACUCACGAAUAUACCUUGAUCAAUGGGUUCGCCGCAGAGGCUCCUGUAAAUGCCCUCCAGACUCUCUCCACGGAGUCUACCGAAUAUAAACCGGUGAUCGAGGAGGACAAGGUGGUAUCCGCGAACGGAGAAUUUGUGGGUCAGGAGCAUGAGUUCUAA